UGUUUAUUUUACACAAUGUUUUCACCAAACAGCAAACAUCAAACAAGGCUCUGGGAUGAGUACAGGCCUGUCCUGUUGACCUACACAGUCAUGAUGGGUAAGAUCAUCUUCUACGAGGGCAGGAAUUUUGAGGGACGCCACUAUGAGUGCAGUGGUGACUGCGCUGACAUGCACUCCCACUUCUCCCGGUGUAACUCCAUCCGGGUGGACAGUGGGUGCUGGGUGGCCUAUGAGAAGUCUAACUAUUCUGGGUACCAGUAUAUGCUGACAAGGGGGAAGUACCCCGACCACCACCGCUGGUCCGGCUUCAACGACUGCAUCCGCUCCUGUCGCAUCAUCCCUGCUUAUACUGGAAACUACAGGAUGAAGAUCUUUGAGAGAUCAGACUUUGGGGGCAAGAUGAUGGAGCUGAGCGAUGACUGUCCCAGCCUGCAGGACCGCUUCCACCUCAGAGACAUCUCAUCCUGCAAUGUCAUGGAGGGCUACUGGAUCCUUCAUGAGCACCCCAACUACAGGGGUCGCCAGUACGUCCUACGCCCUGGCGAGUACAACAAGCACAGCGACUGGGGCAGCAUGACCUCCACCAGUGGCUCAGUGCGUCGUGUCAUAGAGCUGAAGCAAACCAACCAAUAAAGCAGAGUCUCUAGAUCUCUCUCCAGCCAGGCUAGAUCUCUCUAAAAGCCUGUAGAAUUCUGUACAGGGGUUGACGAAAUGAGUCAAUCUCAACAUACCGUUGGUGUCAGGGAAUAAGGAGAUUGUCCUUUGAUAAUUAGUAUCACUGGAUGAUAAUAUGACUGGGCUGAAGUAAGAAAGCAGUGUCUUGGAAUCCUGGUGUAGAUGUACAAAGAGCAUUUAGAAGGUUUUAUGCCGACAGAAGUGCAUUUAUACACACCCUCCGCUCACAUUGAAUAAUAAACCAGUGGAUGGUAGGAUGGAACAGUAUAUUUAAUUGUGUCCCUAAUGUAGCGGCAAAGACAGUUGCAACUUCUUCCAACUGAGAAGCCUGCUUAAAUUGUUGUGGUGUUUUAACAAUAUUCUGACCUCCUAAAUUCAAACACAUGAAUUUGUGUCUGAGGCAAAAUCACUUUGUUAACUUGUCAAUGUUACACUUGUCAUGGAAUUGCCACCAGGGACUCAAAAGUCAAACUUGAAUGAAUCAUUUUUUAUUAUAAUCAUUCUUUAGAAUGCUGGGGAGGUCACAGUCAAACUUAGAUGCAUAAAGUACCGGUCUGAAAUGAGCUCUUUCAGGGCAGUCCUUUAAGUUCUCUUAUAUACUGCUUACACAGACACGCUACUGUUUAUAGGCAUUGUUCAUAGGCUUGGUUCCUGCAUGUGUCUGGUACCGUGUCCUAUCUUAACUUUUAGAACAUUCUGACAAAAGGUCUGAGGAGGGGGUCAUGACCGUCUCCCACUCAUAUCUCUACCAAGCACCCACAGGAACCAAUGAUUGUAUGAGACAAGAUGUACUCAAGGUUGUCUCCAGACUAUGCAUUUAUCCUCCACAUUCCCUACUUGUAUCACUUCUAUGAUAAUAAUCGUUACAAAUUUAAUGAGAUAAACACUUUCAAACCCUUCAUUCUGGGUUAUACAAUUUAAUUAUUAUGGUAAUAGUAUUAUCAUAAUAAAGGUUAUGCUUCUAUUUAACGGCAGUGAAUUUAUCAAAUAUACACACACAUACACAGCAUGGUAAAAUUAGGCAAACUAAGCAAAUAACACACGCUGCAGCCUAUUUGGCAAUAUGGGAUCCCCAACUUCCAAAUAGGGAUUCCAACCAAGUUUUAAGCGUUCACUUUGUUUGUGGGGAAUUAUUCUUAGCAACAGUGACAAUGUAUUCGGCGAGAUCAGGCAUAUUUGAAGAAUUGAUCUGGGACAAAAGUACAACAUUUCAUCGCCAACGAUUGCACGAGUGCCCCCACCUGCCAAAAAUAUAGUCAAGUACACAUGGAUUUUGUGUUAUACAUACGUGGUAGUAGAGUAAAGGCCUGAGGGCACACAAUUCAUAUGUUGUGAAAUCUGU